CAAGCCAACAACCUGCAGAAGGGCAGUGGUGGACCAAUGCGCCUCUGUGUGGGCUGCCUGCACUUCAAUAUCACCGAGGACAUGCUCCGGGGGAUCUUUGAGCCCUUUGGCAAAAUUGAUAAUAUUGUCCUGAUGAAGGAUUCAGAUACAGGCCGCUCUAAAGGUUAUGGUUUCAUUACGUUCUCUGACUCUGAGUGCGCCCGGCGGGCCUUGGAACAGUUGAAUGGCUUUGAGCUUGCUGGUCGACCUAUGAGGGUUGGCCAUGUGACUGAGCGACUGGAUGGUGGCACAGACAUUACUUUCCCUGAUGGAGACCAGGAGCUGGAUCUGGGAUCAGCAGGUGGACGUUUGCAGCUCAUGGCCAAAUUGGCAGAAGGCUCUGGAAUCCAGCUGCCAACCACAGCUACUGCUGCUGCCGCUGCCGCCCAGGCUGCUGCUGCCUUGCAGCUGAAUGGAGCAGUCCCCUUGGGGGCCUUGAACCCAGCAGCCCUGACUGCUCUGAGUCCAGCCCUGAACCUCGCCUCUCAGGCACUUGCCUCCCAGUGCUUCCAGCUUUCCAGCCUCUUUACCCCGCAGACCCUGUGAAUCUCGGGACCUAGCUCAUUUUAGUCUCUAGUUAUUUUCCUUCUUUUGGUUUUUAUUUACCUCUUCUUGCUCCAGGUAAAUCAGUGGCACAAUACACUAUCUCCCUGUGCCUCUGGGUCCUUCCACUCCCUUCUCCACAUUUACCCUUCUACGGCCCCUUUACUCCAUUUUGUGGACCAAGCCAUCCUGAGGGUGCGGACAUUGACUUUGGGGAAAUUGGGGCCACCCUUAGACACCAAGAAGAGCUUCUGCCUAUGGCCCCACUGGGAAUGGACUCUGCUGACCAACCGCUAGUCAAAGCGAACAGAAGUAUUGAACACCUGUUUCUCCUUGUAUAUCGUCUCCUGGGAUGAUCUUCAUUGCCUUUCCAACCACCUCUUAGUGAUUCCUCAAUUCGUCCUCUGUUGGGAAGGCCAUAGGGCAUUAACUGAAGGAACUAACUUCUCUCCUUUUCCUAUACGUUUACCCUACAAUUUUGUCAAGGAAAACACUUAAGCCCUCUGGUUCAAGAGGACUUUGGAGUUGUGAGGGUGAACCUUGAAGGUGCUGGCUUGCUGCUGCAAGGGCCCUGGAAGAUAGCAUGGACAUGUAUGUGCAUUGUGAAGCCUGCCUUUCACCUCAGGCUGGGGCCGGAACUACUGUGGGGCAGCCUUUUGCUGGGAGCUGGGAGAAUGAUCAAUCCUGCCAGGCGUUUUGGAUGUCUUAGGGGCAUUCAGGAGUUCAGCGAGAGAUGGAGUGUACCUUUCCGGUAUCUUUCAUCUUCCUUUGUAUAGUUAGUUGUCCUUCCUCCCUGGUCCUUGCUUUUGUCCAGGGAGAGAGGAUGAUGGGGAGGCUGCUACUCUCCACCAUUUGCCAUGUGCCUCUACUGUGGGCUCAACCGCAGCUGUUAAAGCUGCUCCUGCCCCCUACCUGGGCACAUGUGAGCCCUUCUCACUGGAUUUUAUACCCUUGUGUCUGUGUACAUAAAUAUGUAUAUAUAUAAACUUUGUACAAAAGGCAAGCCCUGCUGUUGUGGCGGCGGCUGCCCAUAUGUGUGUGGUCUCCGUUGUGUCUGAUGUUAACUUCUCAUGAGCCAAAACCAUGAAUGGUUCUAGGAAUAUAAAACAUUUGUAAUGCCA